AUGACAGAGACUUCACAUCUAACUAUCUGCAAAUUCCACAAAAUUGUAGCUCAAACAACCUGCAAGAAUGGCUUGGGACGUGUACUCUACGAGCGUUUACCUAAUCAGCAACUGCAAGGCUAUGACGAUGAUGUUGUACGCGAUACAGCACCACCUUUUCGUGUGUUAGAGAAAUGUCAAGAUCUCUGCCUACGCGAUCGUACCGGUACAAAUAAUUUAGUGCGCACAUGUACUAGUUUCGACUUUCAGCCAGGCAGUCGCAUUACAUCGUUUGGCGGUAAUGAGUACGAAGAAUCGCUUUGUUACCUAACAUCCGAGCAAGCCGGACCUGAGGGUAUCGGUAGCUUAAUGCUGGUGCCAAACAGUGUACACUUCAAUGAAAUUUGUUUGACAUCCAGUCGUCCUGAAAGAGAAUGCCCGAGUCGUCGUUACGUCUUUGAGCGCCAUCCACGCAAAAAAUUGAAACUGCCCAUUUCGGACAUAAAAGAGAUUACGGCGGCAAAUCGUUCAGACUGCGAAGACAAGUGCCUGAACGAGUUCUCGUUUGUAUGUCGUUCAGCAAAUUUUGACUCUACGAUGCGUUCCUGUACGCUAAGCAGAUUCACACGGCGCACGCAUCCAGAGUUAAUGGAGGACGAUGCGAAUUCGGAUUAUUUGGAAAAUACUUGUUUAAAUGCUGAACGACGAUGCGAUGGGUUGGCUGUUUUCGUUAAGGAAGAAAACAAGCGUUUGGGCGGACCAUUUGAGGUUGACAUAUUCCACAACAUGACUUUGGAGGAGUGUCAAACGAUGUGUUUGCGUGCUGAAAAGUAUUUUUGUCGUUCAGUGGAGUUUGAUGAUCAAACAAAACAGUGCAUACUCUCAGAAGAAGAUUCAAUAUCACAGAAGGAUGACAUAAGCAUAAGCUCCAGUCCAUCCCAUAAUUUUUAUGAUCUUGUUUGUCUUGAUAACCAACGUGCUACCGAUUACCCUGAUAACUCAGUCACAUCGCAUCUAUUUUCGAGCGGGCGUCGACCAGAUACUGCUUUUCAACGUUACCGCAAUUCCAGACUUGGUGGUGAAUUUCAUUCUGAGAUAACAGGACGUUCACUAAGCGAGUGCUUAGAUGAAUGCCUAAGGCAAACUAGCUUCCAAUGCAGAUCGGCUGUGUACAGUGAUCGCUUUCGUACUUGCCGCUUGAGCCGGUACAAUCAAAAGGAUGGCAUGCGCAUUAUAUAUGAUGCCGAUUACGAUUACUACGAGAAUUUAAUGCUGAAUGUUGUUGGUGGUGGAGAUGAUGGCCACAGUGGUACUGGUACAAAUAAUGGCCAUCGACCUGGUGACCAAAGUGGAACAAAUUGGCGCCCACCAAACAAAGAUGAUGAUCGUUACGGUGGUAAUCGCUUUGGGCAAAAUAGUGGUGGCAAUGACGUCGGGCGACCAUAUGAUCGCUAUCCUGAAACAAAUCCUAAUGAUUACGAUCGUGAUCGAUAUGGAGGCGAUAGAGAUCGAGAUCGUGGACGUUAUCCAACCGGUGGUGGAGGCGUAUAUGAUGAUGAACGUUACCCUCCAGAUACAGAUCGUAAUCGUUUUCCUGCAGAUCGUGAUCGUGACCGCGAUCGUGAUCGUUAUCCAGACAGAGGAGCUGGACGUUAUCCAGAUGAUGAACGUUAUCCUCCCCGUGAUCGAUACGCUGAUCGUUAUCCCGAUAGAUUUGGUAGUGAUGGUGAUCGUAAUCGUGAUCGUGAUCGUGAUCGUUAUCCAGAUCGAUACCCAGAUCGCUUUCCAGAUACUUAUGGUGAUCGCGAUCGGGAUCGUGAGCGUUAUCCAAAUGAUGGUAGAUAUCCGUCGCAAGAUCCUUAUCGACCAUACCGCCCAUUAGACCGCUUCCCACCUAUAAGGGAUAACAGCUUACCAAAUGAUUUGCCGCAUACACGUCCAUAUCCACCUGGUGAAGAUAAUUUAUAUAGACCCUAUGGACAAAGUGGUGGUUACCCAGAUGAUCGUUAUGCAAAUCGCUAUCCAUCGCGCUAUCCAACUACUCGUGAACCAAUUGGUGGUUACAGUGGGCGAGAUGCGCCUGAUAACAUAUUUCCUGAUAGACGUUUUCGUCCUUCAUCAUAUGAUUCAAGAAGGUAUCCACUUAUACGUGGCGGCUCUGUACGUUAUGAUGCAGAUGGUCGAUAUCCAACUGAUGACAUAGUACAUAGUGCACACAGACCUGAACCUGAUUCAGUAAAGCGUUUUCCACCAGCACCACUUGUGCCACCAUUAACAUCUAACAAAUAUCCAACUUCUCCAAAUCGAUUCCCGGUAGGUAAUGAUCGUUAUCCAAUCGACAUAUACAAAUAUGGUAAUCGAUUUGGUGCCAGCGGUGUCGAACGUCCAGGUUAUGAUCGACCUCCACCCUAUUACGAUCUAGAAUAUGAAGAUCGUUAUGAUGACAGAUAUGGUCGUCCAUAUGAUCGUGAGUAUGAUGUGCCGAUAGGUCGACGUCCAAUUGCAAAUGGUGGUUAUCCACCAUUCGAAAGUCCUUUCAACCGUCCAUACCAUGGUGGAGCCUUACCACCAUUAGCAGAUGAUCGUCCAUUACCGGGUGGCAUACCACCACCGCCUGGGUCACAUUACGGUGGAGGACUUGGCGGGGGUGGUGCACCACGACCGCCAAUAACACGUUGUGAAGAGAGUGAUAACUUUAAACAAGUUGCAGCAAGGCAUAAAAUGCGCAGACAUUUUGUGCGUCGUGCUUUAACUGUGCCAUCUUUGAUACAAUGUGAACGUGAAUGUAUUGAAAGUAGAGAUUUCGUAUGUCGCAGCUUUAAUUACAGAGAUGCUGCAGCUUCUGGUUAUGACGAACGCGAUUCACCCAACUGUGAAUUGAGUGACAGAGAUUCACGUGAGUUAGAUGUACAUGAUCCAAAUUCAUUUGAUAGCGCCAAUUAUGAUUUUUACGAACGUAGUUUGGGACGAAGUGACGGAGAGUGUAUGGAUGUAACCCAAACAUGCAAUGAGGAAGGAAUGGAGUUUACAAUACGUACACCAGAAGGCUUCAUAGGACGUAUUUACACCUACGGCUACUAUGAUAGAUGUUUUUUCCGUGGUAAUGGCGGCACAGUAAAUGUUUUGCGCAUAAGUGGACCACAGGGUUAUCCAGACUGUGGAACACAGCGAUAUGGCGACACCUUAACCAACAUUGUUGUUGUACAAUUUUCUGAUAAUGUGCAAACAAGUCGUGAUAAACGUUAUAACUUAACGUGCGUUUUCCGUGGACCUGGAGAGGCAGUUGUCACAUCUGGUUAUAUUGGGGCAGGUCUUAUUAAUGAUGAUAGAUCUGGCAGCCCGAUACCAAUAGAGUAUCUGCCCGCCGAAAACACCUUAAGCUCUAAGGUACGUUUGAUGAUUUUGUACCAAGGCAGACCAACGACAACAAUUGCAGUUGGUGACCCACUCACAUUCCGUUUGGAAGCACAAGAUGGAUACAAUCAUGUGACAGAUAUUUUCGCAACAAAUGUCGUAGCUAGAGAUCCAUAUUCAGGACGUAGCAUACAGCUCAUCGAUCGCUUCGGUUGUCCGGUGGACCCUUAUGUAUUUCCUGAAUUGGACAAAUUGCGUGAUGGCGAUACGUUAGAGGCACGUUUCAAUGCUUUUAAAAUUCCAGAAUCUAAUUUCUUGGUCUUUGAAGCUACUGUACGAACUUGUCGUGAUGGCUGUCAGCCGGCGUAUUGUCCUGGUCCCGCAGGCCGGCAAGAGCCGUCAUUUGGCAGAAGACGACGUUCAUUAAAUCAUACUGAAAUUAUUACUGAUAUGGAAAAUACUGUGGCAGAACAAUUAAUAGACGAUGUCACAGAAAUCAAUAGCACUACAGUUACUACAUCUACAAUGGGGGAUAUUAAGAAAAAUGCGACUGAAGCUGCAGAAAAACCUAUAGAAGUAGAAGAACCAGAGCAAGUGAGAGAAAUGAUUGAGGUUUUCGAAACGCGAGAAGAAAUAGAAAAGGAAUCUUAUCCACGCAAAUUAGUAGCACCUAUGGAAACGGUUUGUAUGUCGCCAUCAGAAUAUCAUGGAUUGAUAACAGCUAUCAUAUUACUAAUGAUAUUGCUGUUUAGUAUUACAUUAGUUUCUGGACUGGGCUAUAGACGUUAUUGGAAGACAAUGUCUAAAAAUCGUAUCGCAGAUCGUCAUUCACCGAUCCAUUCACUUGGUGGACUUUCUUCUUCUAUUCGAACACAUGAACGUUUUAGUGAAAUAGGUCAAUCGACUAGUGGAAACUCGAAUACGACAGCUAAUCGUACUGCAAAUGCUUUCCGGACAAACAUGUCCAUGUUCGGAGGCAGCUUACACAAAACAUUUGCUACUGGAAAUCUAGCGCGUAUGUGUCAAUUACCAGUUAUGAAUCCUAUGCGCAGUAAUAACAACACCAAUCAUCAGUUUGAAGACCCCAGUGAACCAAUUUAUACUGAUCCAUCACUGUUUGAGCGUUCGAGAUCACUACGGAGUUUAACUAUGGAAGGCGAACCAGAGGAACGGCAUGAUGUUUAGAACUUAUCUAUAAUAUAUAAAAAAACUAAAUAAAAACAUAUUUGCAUUUUGCUAAGUUUACGUAGAAUUAAGCUGAA